AAAACUCUCUCAUAGUCAUCACACCAGUCGGUUGUCAGCAUUGUUUGUGGUUGGUUGCUCAUUACCAUAGUUUGUGGACGUAAACUUGGUAUAUACAUCAGUGCCAGAAAUCCUAGACGGGUCCCCACUCCCCACAAAUGAAGACUCAUUGGGGAGACGGAGUUGAAGAAGAAGAGUGACGAGGCAGUCAGUCGGUUGUCAACAUUGGUUGUGGUUGGUUCCUGUAAACAUUCUGGUAAAGAGAGACUCGUUGACAUACGUAGUUUGUGAACGGAAACUUGGCAUACACUUCAGUGUCAGGCUGAAGUACAGUUCAUCUAGGCUGAAGUACAGUUCACCACAUGAAAUAUGGCUAACCGGUGUGUGACGUGGGUUCUUAUGACCUUCCAUAUUGUUGUGUUGAUUGUAAGUGCAAUUGGUAUUUGGAGUUUAUUCAGCUUCCCAACACCAACCAAACCUGAACCUAUUGAAGUUAAUAUAACAUCAAGAUCUGAUACUUCAUAUGAUUAUGACGAUAGGGAUCGAGUUAGUCCUGAAGAUUCAAAGAAAUUGAAAGAAUAUGGGAAAGUUACUGUUCUUUACUCAGACUAUGACAGGGAUCCUCGAUGGACACUAGGAGUUCCUUCUGCUAUCAAUAUACUUGUCCUUUUGCCUUUAGUUUUAGCUAAAUUAUGUUCCAGUAAGAUCAUUUCAACAACUACGGGCUUGUAUAGCAGUAUGGUUUUGUGGGUCUUAAAUUUGUCAGGAUUUAUCUUCAUCCAGAAUAUGAUCUCAUCAUAUAACAUGGUUACGUUCUUUAAUAGCCAUUACCUGAUACUUAUAGCCUUCCAACUUAGUACGCUGAUCAUCCUCACAUUUCAGGUAAGAUUUUGGAGUGAUUAAAUAUGCAAUAUGUAG